AUGUCUCAAGAUCAGGUUCCUGUUUGGCUGGACUGUGAUCCAGGCCAUGAUGACGCUUUUGCCAUCCUCCUUGCAGCCUAUCACCCUCAGUUCAGACUACUUGGUGUCUCAACAGUGUUUGGCAACGCAUCUCUAGAAAAUACCACACACAAUGCGGCUUCUAUUCUCACCGCCAUUGGUAUGCAUGAUGUCCCUCUAUAUAUCGGCCUCGGCAAAGCUCUUGAGCGUCCUGCUCUUCAUGCACCAACAGACAUCCAUGGUGUUUCCGGCCUUGAUGGUACCGACCUUCUCCCCAAGCCACUUGUCACCCCAUCUACCAUGCCAGGUGUUGAGGCUAUGGCUGAGGCGUUGCGUGCUCAAGCUCCCGGAACCGCUUGGAUCGUCGCAACUGGCGCUCUAACCAACGUCGGGGCUCUAUUCCGUGCGUACCCGGAACUUAUCAGUCAUAUCAAGGGCGUCAGUCUCAUGGGCGGCUCUAUCGGUGACAACUUCUCAGAUGCGCCGCUCGGUGAGGUUGAUGGUCGUCCUAGAAUCGGAAACUACACACCGUGGGCCGAGUUCAACAUUCUUGUUGACCCCGAAGCUGCUGCGACCGUUUUCCACACCAAGGAAGUUGCCGCCAAGACCACGAUUGUGCCGCUUGAUCUCAGCCAUCAGGUUCUUGCUACCCCUGAAGUGAGAGAAAUGCUUCUGUAUGGGCCUGAUGCUGAGAAGACGGGCCCUGGAAAGACAACUCUUCGCACCAUGCUUGUCGAGCUCCUGUAUUUCUUUGCCCAAACCUAUGCUGAUACCUUUGGCAUUACCGCUGGUCCUCCUCUACAUGACCCCAUAGCCGUCGCUGCCGUACUUAUCGGCACGGCGAGUGAAAUCCCUUUCUUCGAAUGGGAUGCUAAGCAUAGCCAGCCCCCUGAGCACAACGAGCGGUUCGAGGUGACUGUCAUUACUGAAGGCACAUUCGACGAAGCCAGAGAGGGCAAGCAGACAGGUCGCACAUUGGCCAAGUUGCUUCCGCGUGGUGAACAAGGUGUUAGAAUUCCUCGAGGAGUCGACACUGCCAAGUUCUGGCAGGUCAUCGAGGAGUGCAUUGAGCGAGCGGACGCGAAGAAUGCUGCGCUUGCGUCUGCGAACUAG